GCAAUAUGUCGCUGGAGAAGAAGCUUGCAGUCGCGGUGGCGAGGCGACAACGAGAUGGCACUGCCCGGUCACUGCAAGUCUUGCCUCCAUCAAAUGUUGACUUUUGCUCAAAUGACUACCUUGGUCUCAGUCGCGAUCCCGCCCUUGCCUUAUCGCAGGAAGAAACACUCGCGCACGGCUCCACUGGGUCUCGUUUAGUCACAGGCACGUCUCGCGUCCAUGUCGAGGUCGAAGACGACCUGGCAUCAUUCUACGGCGCAGAAUCGGCGCUCGUCUUUAACUCGGGGUACCUGGCCAACCUGAGCGUGAUGUCAUGUGUGCCUCAAGAAGGCGACAUCGUGUUUUUCGAUCAAUUCGUCCACAAUUCGUGCCGAGAGGGACUGCGGCUGAGUCGCGCAACAACACAUUCCUUCCAACACAACGACAUAAUGCACUUGAUGUCGCUUUUAAAGUCCCAUGCAUCGCCGUCCAGGCAAGUAGUGGUGGUGGUCGAGAGCGUUUACUCGAUGGACGGCGACGUUGCACCGAUUCUGGAGCUGGUUGAGCUAUGCGAAUCUUACGGCGCAUCUUUGGUUGUGGACGAAGCCCAUAGCACUGCUGUGAUGGGCCCUGCAGGAUCGGGCUUGGUGCGGGCCUUGGGCCUCGAACGCAGAGUGUUUUGCAUCGUGUACACAUUUGGCAAAGGCAUGGGUAUCCACGGUGCCGUUGUGUGCGGGUCGAUUGUUUUGAAGGCAUACUUAGUCAACUACGCCCGACCGUUCAUUUACAGCACGUCCCUGCCACAGCACGAUAUGAAACUCAUUCAGCGAGCACAUGAGGUCUGCGCCGCUGCCGACGGAAGCCGUUCCACCCUUCAAUCACUGAUUGCUCAUUUUCGAGCUCAAGUCGAGGCCGCAACGCACAUCCCCAAGACGGCGCUUCUCCCCAGUGUCACCGCCAUCCAGGGUAUAGUCGUCAGUGGAAAUGAAGCUGUCCUCUAUGCCGCAGCGUUUAUGACCGCCGCAGGAUUCAAUGUUGUCGCGAUUCGAGCGCCGACUGUCCCAGUGAACGAAGAGCGACUGCGUAUCAUCAUUCACGCAUUCAACUCGACACACGAAAUCGACUCUCUCGUGGACGCCAUUGAACUGUACUUUCAACAGCGACCUCUCGGACCACGAAGCGCAUUGUAACCUGACUAUAUAUGCGAGUGCCUCGUGCUAGUAAGGCAUCGACUUUCCAUGUAGUCGCGGUGAUCUCGCGGCGGAUCUUUUCGCCC